AUGUCUGGACAACCAUCGCCGGAAUGGUUGCCUGUAGGGCAUCUUCAAGACACGGAUGAGUCUGGGCAGCCUCGGUCGGCUUCCAGGUCUCUAUCACCAGAUCGGGCUGAGCAGUCAGAGUCAGGGGAAAUAUCAGAGACACCCCUUUCGUCAUCGGCACAAAAGAGGCCACGCGAUGAGGACUCGGGCUCCGUUGAGGAAGGAGAGGCAUCUGAGAGCGAUGCAGAAGACGAGUCGCCUAGCCGACCGCAGAAGCGGCAGAGAACAGAGGAUGCAGCGUCUGAGGUCGAGAGUGCGAGCGCAGAGGAGGGUGAAGUAAGCGCCACAAGCUCAGAAAGCGGCGAUGAGGGCAGUGAGGGUACCGGUGAUGAUGAUGGCGAUGAUAUAUCAGAGGGCGAGGUGGAUGAGGAGGGUUUGAGCCAAAAGCAACAGCAGCAGCAGCAGGGCCUGCCAGAACAGGCUUCAGUGGGUUGGAACAGCGCAGUAAACAAAGGCAGCGCCCUUCGCACCUCCUUUGGCGGCGCUUCCUCCACAAACAAGGCAGCUGCGCCCUCGAAAAAACCCGACACUGCAGCCACAAACCUUUCAAAAUCCACUCAACAAAACACCUCCAGAACCUCUUCCUCCCCAAGUAGUUCUGGAUCCCAAGAAGGCGCGUCCUCGACUUCCGAAACAAAGUCCGGAGCAUUAUCGAAUCCACCCAAGGCAACGGCAGGCAGCAACGACUCCAACAUGCCGAUCCUGCGCUCUGGUACCAACACGCAGCCCCAGCGGAUCGUUGACCGACCAAAGGAACAGCGCCAGGAGAAGAAGGUCAGCCAGGAGAAAAAGGUCAUGCAGGAGAAGAAGGUGGGCCAGGACUCGGAUGAGAAUGAACAGAGCAUCUUGAUCGGCGACCAGAUCUCACCUGCCACAGCAGCAGCCGCUGCAGUACUCGCUGCUGCUGCUGCUAAGCGCAAGACCCCCCUCGUAUACCAGAAGAAGAAAACCAAAUGGCGGCUUCCCGACUUCGUCGAUACGAGUGGAGGUAAAGGCACGUCCUGGAACGCCAUGAUCGAGACGUGGUGCUACGAUUUGUGCGCCGACAGCCGCAACGCCCGGCACGCAUCGCAUGUCAAUGCUACCAUCCUGCUCAAGGCCCUUCGAAACUACUUUGAAACCUUCAAGGAAAAGCUACCCAUGGACCAGCAGAUUGAGGGCAGAAAUGUGAUUAUCGCAGCCGAGAAGAAGGGAAUGCUCGAAGCCAUUGCGCAGAAGAUCCAGGAAGAUAUUAAGGCCGGCAAGAAGCCUACUGCGCCGGGUACAUCCAACGACCAAGCGGCUACGAAGCAGGAUGUCAAAGAAAUCAAACAAGAAGCGCGUGCCACAGAUGCUCCCCAACAGUCCGCGAAGCAAACAACAUCCUCAGCAUCAACAGUAGUAAAGGACGAGCCCAGCGCAAGCGAAUGGGCUUCCCUCCUCGACGAUGCACCCGCCAGAGCGCAGGUCAAGCGCAAAGACGACGGCCCCGCACCAUCCCAGGUCGCAGCCAUGCCCACCGCUGCCACGGCCGCCCCCAACGGUGAUAUCAUCAUGGACCUCCGCGACGAGAUCGGCACGGUGCACUACCAGCUCUCGCGCGACGACGAGGUCGCCGACCUGAAGCGCUACUUCCCCGGCGUCCCCGAGAAGUCGGACUUUUGCGUCUUCUGCCACGCCUCGAGCGACCACCGCGCUAACGACUGCCCGCACGCGAGCCCGGAGUGCGUCUUCUGCUCGUCCAAGUCGCACACGCGCUUCCAAUGCCCGGAGCGCCAGCGAUGCGAAAAGUGCCGACAGCUCGGGCACGCUAAGGCAACCUGCAAGGAGAAGCUCAAGCAGCCGGCCUCGGAGGCCGAGUGCGCGUACUGCGCGUCGCGCACCCACGGCGAGUCGGCCUGCCCGCUCGUCUGGCGCACCUACUUCUCCGCCGCCGCCGCGUGCAAGAAGGUGCAGUCCAUCCCGGCGUACUGCUACUGCUGCGGCGGCGAGGGCCACUUUGGCGCCGACUGCCCGGACAACCGCGGCCGCCACCCCUCGGGCCGGACCUACCUUAUCGCCGACGAGGACGUCUGGUCCGCCGCCGCACAGGCGCGCUACGUCGACGCCGCGUCGGGCGACCAGCCCAUCGCCUGGCAGCCGCCCCUGCCGCCCGGCGCGCCUCCCGUCCCGCAGGCCACGGACCCCAUCGCCCUGCCCAACAUCCCCGGCCGCAGCAUCGUGCCCCGCACGCACAUCCACUUCACAGAGGACGACGACGACGACGAUGACGACGUCGCGUCCUUCCUGAACCACAGCAAGCGGCCUGCGCGCGGCGGUGGCGCCGGCGGUCGUGGUGGAAGCGCUGCCGGGGGAUCGGGUAACAUCCGCUUCUCAGACUUCUACCAGGGCGGCGGUGGCGGCGGAGGUGGACGGCGCGGAGGUGGUGGUGGUGGUGGUGGUAAUUCCGGCAGCGGCGGCCAGGGCUCGGGAGCGAACUCGUUGCCCCCCCGUCCGCCGCAGGGCGUGCGCAUGGGCGCCUACUCGUUCCGGCCGCCGCCUCAGAACGAUUACAACUCCCGCGGUGGUGGCAGCUCUGGGCGUGGACGAGGUGGAGGCGGAGGUGGUGGUGGUGGUGGUGGUGGUGGUGGUGGUGGCUCCAGAGGAGGCGUAUCGAAGCGAGGCAGCCGUGGUCGCGGUCGUAGGGGACGCGCCUGA